CGCCGCCCGCUCGGGCCCGCUGGGCUGUGAGGGGGCGCGGGGCAGGCCGGGAAAGGCGCGGGGCAGGCCGGGAGUGCCCCGGCACUCGGCGCAGGGGCAGCGGCACCGAUACCAGCACCAGCACCGGCGGGAUGUGGUACGAGAUCCUGCCCGGCAUGGCCAUCAUGGGCGUCUGCCUCAGCGUCCCCGGCAUCGCCACCGUCUUUAUGCACCGCGUGUGCCACGGCGGCAAGGAGAAGAGGAUCGCCCGCUAUCCCUACGAGUGGACCCUGCUGGAAAGGGACCGGCGGCUGUCGGGGGUCAACAAGCACUAUGUGCCCAAGGGUCUGGAGAACAUAGACUAAGGUGGCAACGCUUUGAAAAAUCCAUGUAUCUAUAGAAAAUGAUCUAACUCUUAAAUAAAGCUAUACAUGUGUUCA